CCGAUCGGUUCAGCCGUUUUGACAUUUAUUGGACACAAACAAACAGACAGAUAAGCCAAAUUUAUAUAUAGAUUAAUUCCAAUAUGAGAAUUGCACCCAUUGGUUGAUUUUUAUCCCCUCAAAAUUCAACCAAUUUCAAAACACAACUUAGAAAAUAGUUUUUGAUUCCCAAUUUCUAGUCAAUUUAUGCAUUUGGAUAUAUUUAAUCGUAAAGGUCGUUUUUGUUAUUAUGUAUUUGAACUUUUAGUUAUAUUGUACAAUUUAUUUGUAAUAAGUUGUUUAGUCUUGUAUUUUUAUCUCUGUAAUAUUUAAGAUAAUUAUCUUUUUCAGAAGUAUUAAAUGAUUGCAAGUUUUAAGUAAUAUUAAAAUGAAAAAUGUUGCGCAGACCUGAAAUUCUGAUUUUAAAGCGAUGGCCCUGAAACAGAGUGAGGUGAAGGUUAUCCUUUGUGUUCUAGCAAUAUCAUGUCUACUACUGGUUUCAGCAAUACUUUAUUGGAGUGCUCAAUGCUUAGUUGAGAGAGAUGCUUCUGCUAGACAAGAACUGGUCUCCGGGUUGGCUAAGAGCCUAGAUCAGGUUCAAGAAGAAACUGGUCCUGGAUCCAGAGCUCCACAUCAUCUUUGUAUCCUCGUCCCCUUUAGAGAUAGAUUCCAGGAACUACUAGAGUUUGCACCACACAUGAAAUCAUUCCUGGACACUCAGAAAAUAUCCUACGAGGUCUGGGUCCUAAACCAAGUAGAUGGAUACAGAUUUAACCGCGCUUCCUUGAUAAAUGUUGGGUUUAAAGAGAGUUCAAAAUACUGUGAUUAUAUUGGGAUGCAUGAUGUUGAUCUACUGCCGAUUAAUCAAAGGUUAGAUUAUACUUAUCCAGGGGAUACUCCUAUGCAUAUAUCUUCCCCUGGACUCCAUCCUAAAUAUGAUUAUGAAACUUUUAUUGGAGGAAUUUUUCUCAUCUCCAGGCAAACAUUCAAGUUAGUAGAUGGAAUGAGCAAUAAGUACUGGGGCUGGGGGCUGGAAGAUGAUGAAUUUUUUGUCAGACUACGGCAGUCCAAUAUAGAGAUAUCCAGACCGAAGCAGAUCGGGACAGGGAAAACAAAUACUUUCAAGCAUAUUCACACAGCUAAGGAGAGGAAACGGGAUAAUGUAAAAUGUUACAAUCAAGCAAACUUGACAAGACGGAGAGAUCGGCAAACUGGACUUAGUACAUUAGACUACCACCUGGUUAAGAAGCAGAAUCUGGUGAUAGAUAAAGCUGAUGUACAUCUUCUAGAUAUUAAACUCAUCUGUGAUACUGAUCUUACACCCUGGUGUAAUUGUACAGGUGCUCCCCCUGAGACAGCAGCAAAGGACCGAACUAGAGACGAAGAUGUUAUUGUACCGUUAAUUAAACGCAAACCAUGAUUGUUUCAAUGUUAAAUACACAACAACAACAACAUCAUCAGACGUCUUGUAUUUAUGAGACUAAUAAACACAUUGUUUACAUUAAUUAGCAAAAGGCAUGGGCAUUGAGAUGUUACCCGAGUACUUUACUGUCAAUAAUUAUUUGGUUCUUAAUUUUGCUAAAACAACACAUCACAACAUCACAAUGUUAAAUAAAUCCAAACAAUAAGCAUUGCCAUGUUAAUCAAACAAUAAAACAAGCAAUGGUUAAUUUAUUACAAACAAUAAUCAAUGUACAUUGUACAUUUAAUAAAACCCCCAAAAAAAUAUUGUACUGAUUUUCAAAUAGAACUGAAUUGUCUUGAAAUCCAGUUUUCCAUGUUAAAUGACUAAUCUUGUAGCAGUUAAAACAGUCACUUAUGUUUUUAAACUGUAUUUUCCUCUUGUAAAUCUUCCAAUAUUGUUAUCCAUGUUUUCACGCAUGUUUGUGUGCGUUUCAAGUUUUUUGUUCAUUCAACGUCACAAACAGUGUUUUUUUUAAGCUGUGGUACACCUUAAAAGACAAAUGACCAGAAAUCAAGUGAAAGUUUAUAUUUUAUCAUGAGAAACGAGCCAGUUACCGAAUCUUUUGUUGCCUACUUCCAAAUUUAUUUUGGAGACCAAUGUGUCGUCCUGUAUCAGUUUUCCAUAUAAUGAAAACUGUGUAUUUUAGUGUCCGUUUUUUUUAUUUCUUCUUAUAAAGUUUUUGAGUCUUAAAAUGUGUUAAAUAUUUUGUAAAUAUUUAUUAGUUUAGUCUAAUUUGAGUUCUUUUAUAAAGCUAACAUUUGUGUAUUGUGUACAAUCUUCUUCUCUAUUUAUCGCAAAUUUCCCGUUUAUAUAUCUUGCAG